GGGCUGUGCACGAUAACUUUCCAGAGCCUUGGUAGUACUUUGGAGGAUGGGUGAACAGAAAGUUGUUAAUUGGAUUGAUCGCACAUACUUUUCAAGCUCUCUCCCGAAUCUUUCUUUCGUUUACGAAAUUUCGUGUACGAUCUUGGGAUCGAAAGGGAUGUAAUCAGCAAUGGCAACCAAAAACGACUCCUCUUCGACCACAUCGCCAGACGAUGACUCCAUCUCUAUUACGCGCAUAAGUCUCGAUCUCGACUCGAAACCUAGAAGAAGCGAGAAACAAGUUUCCUCUACUCCAAUCGCACCGCUUUGCUUAGAAUCAAAAACACCUAAGACGUCAUGCUACUCCCGCCUCGCGACUUACAUGUCGGCUGAUCCGGAAAAGUCGAGCGCUAUAUUCCGCCGCUUUGAUAGGGUAAAUAUGCGGAACUUGUUGAUUUUAGAGAAUGAGAUUGCGGAAUUAGAAGGCAAGCUCGAGAGACUUGAAGAACAGGAGUUUGAUGGGGAGUUGGAGUGGAAGGGACAGGAUAUGAAGUUUGAUGGUGGGGUUGACGAGGAAAACAAUGAUGCAAAAGACAGAGUGAAGGAAAUUAGAGAUGUAGACUUGGAAUUGAGGGAGAAGAUAAGGGAGUACUACGAAGCGAUGCUCCGCACAUCAGACAUGCUAUCGCUCUCCCGUCCUUCAAAACGUGCUAUCCACUCCACAUAUCAGAUUAUGCAAAACAUUGCCAUGAGCCUUGAUGCGCACUCAACCCCUAAUUUUCAACACUUAAAUCCAAAAAAUGAGCACGAUCUCAGUGUCCUGGCACGAUCUCGAGAGUCGGAUUUUCUGACCCAGUUCUUUGAGACGAGGUUCCCGUCAUUCUUUCAGGAUAGAGUCCCCGGGUGUCCAACACCAGUGACGCAUCACAAAAAUCUUGCAUUCGCAGUCACACUCUUCGUCACUAUCCUCACAGCACUGUUCCUCGUCGGCGCAGUUGUUGGACUGUUCUUUGUAGAGAGUACUAGAGCUAGACUAGCGAUGUUAUGCUCCUUCACCGUGGCAUUUGCAGCGACGAUUGCCGCGGCCACAAAUGCGAGACGGCAGGAUGUUUUUGUUGCCACUGCUGGAUAUGCGGCCGUGUUGGUCGUCUUUGUCAGUGGGAAUCUGGUUGCAAACCCGGCACCCACAACCUGCAAUCUUUCCAACUCAAACAGCAACCCAAAUUCAGCCGCACUGAAUACCGCAUUAGCAGCGAAUAGCGCUAGCCUCGCUGCUAUUACAAUCACCGCGACUCCCGCGGCUACCGCAACCAUCAUCCGAACUGAAACAAUUGCCCAGAGCAUACAAACCGUUAUUAGCACAGUAAUCACGCAUGUGAGCACUCUCCCCACUCCCUCAGCUUCAACAGCCCCAAAGAGGGAAGGUCUUUCGUCUUUUGCCAAGACUGGGAUCGGCGUUGGUGCGGCGGUUGGAGUGGUGUUUUGUUGUUUGGCUCUCGGAUGUGGUGUUGGGCCGUGGAUGAAGAAGAGGUGGGCAAAGGCGGAUCGGCGGGCCAGAGUGGGGAGCGGAAGGACGAAGGAGAGGAAUAGCCCGGCGGUAAUUCGUUGGGGAUUUGGGAAGGUGAGGGCUGAUGGGAGGGGGACGAAGGCGGGGGCGGAAACGGCGCAUGAGGUGAGAGACGGACGAGCUGUUUGGGUGUGA